AUGGCUUCCCGGAAGAUUCAGCUCGUCCGCAUCUCCCACGUUUACUACAAACACAAAAACAUCGAGGCAGCCCGCAAGUUCUACGACGACUUUGGUUACUACGAGACGGAGCGCGUGGGCAACAGGACGUACUACCGCGGCUACGGCACCGAGCCCGUUGUUUUGUGCGCCGAGGAGGCUGCGGAGGACGAGUUCGGAGGUCCGGCCUUUGUAGUUGAGUCGCUCGACGACCUCGAGUACGCUUCCAAGACUCUUCCAAACGCGACUCAGAUCUAUGAGCUGAAGGACGUUCCCGGCGGCGGCAAGUGUGUGACCUUCAAGGACCCAGUCGACGGGUGGCCGUUCCACCUUGUGUACGGGCAGACGCCUGUUGAGAAGCGCGACCCCGGGUUCCCUAACCUAAAGUUCAACUUUCCAAAUGAGAAGCAUCGUGACGUGAACCAGAAGCAGCGCUUCACGAAACGGCCUGCGCCGGUGCAUAAGCUGGGUCAUUUUGGCGUGUGCCUGACCAACUUUGACAAGGCGUAUGAGUUUUACACAUCCAACUUCAACUUUUUCCCCAGCGAGCUUGUUCAUGCUCCCGACAACAAGGACAAGAAGGUGACCGUCUUCUUCCGUCUCAAUCGCGGCAAGGAGUACGUCGACCAUCACUGCUUCUUCUUCUUCGAGGGACCAAAGUACCACGUCCACCACUCGUCAUUUGAGACGCACGAUUUCGACGCGCAAGUACUGGGCCACGACUGGCUGAGGCACCAGGGACACAAGAGCUGCUGGGGCGUAGGCAGGCAUAUCAUGGGUAGCCAGAUUUUCGAUUACUGGUUUGACCCAUCUGGGUUCAUCAUGGAGCAUUACGUCGAUGGCGACUUGCUUGACGAUUCGGAGGAGACGCACCACAACCCUGCGUCGCCGGACAAUCUCCACAUCUGGGGACCCGAAGUGCCGCCCGAUUUUUUGAACUGA